UCAACUCCCAUAUCACCCAUCGAUUCCUCGGUCGUUGCCGACUCUUUCGUCUUUGCAUUUGAUAUCGACGGCGUGCUUGUCCGAGGCGGGCGACCGAUCCCAGAGGCCAUCGAGGCUAUGAAAGUACUUGAUGGAGAGAACGAAUAUGGAAUGAAAAUACCUCAUAUUUUUCUUACCAACGGCGGUGGCAAGACUGAAGAAGAACGCUGCCAAGAUCUAUCACGCCAACUUCAGCGAGAGAUCAAGCCCGGCCAGUUCAUUUGCGGACACACUCCCAUGAGAGAAAUGGCCGAGAAAUACGGCACAGUCUUGGUCAUUGGAGGCGAGGGCGAGAAAUGCCGCCUUGUCGCCGAAGGAUACGGCUUCAAAGACGUCGUCACGCCAGGAGACAUCAUCAAGCACAAUGCUGCCACAACUCCGUUCAGGAAGCUGACGCCCGAGGAGCUCGCCAACUCUCGUGAGCGAGAUUUUGACGACGUUGUCAUUGAUGCCGUCUUUGUGUUUGCCGACUCUCGAGACUGGGCUGGUGACAUUCAGAUCAUGCUGGAUGUGGCUAUGUCUCAGGGAGGCCGACUUGGGACUCGCAGCGAGACCUUUGACGAGGGUCCUACAUUCUACUUCUCCCACAACGAUGUCGUCUGGUCUGCUGCCCACGAGCAUGUCCGUCUCGGCAUGGGCGCUCUCCGACGCAUGUUCGAAAUCACCUUUAGAGACCUCACCGGCGGCAAGGGCAAGCUGCACACACACGCAUUCGGCAAACCUCAAGUCUCGACGUUUGAAUUUGCUGAGCGGCUGAUGCAAACCUGGCGAAGCACCGAGCACGGCAUUUCUGGUCCUCCACAGACGGUGUAUUUUGUCGGUGAUACACCGGAGAGCGACAUCCGUGGCACCAAUGCCAUCAACGACGUUGCCGACAACGACUGGUACAGCAUCCUAGUCAAAACGGGCGUGUAUCAGGAUGGCACAGAGCCGACAUACAAGCCUCGCGCUACCGUGUCCACUGUGCUUGAUGCCGUGAACCACGGUAUUCAGCGUGAGAUGCGCAAG